CUAGUCCUACAAAUAUAUUACACUUCAUUACUGAUGACACCAGACUUAAUGCUUGUCGUUAUGUAGUACCGAAUGCGAAUACUAUAGCCCUUCUCCGGAUUAAAACCGAACCGUACUGUAUCGUACACAUUUCGAAUUAACAUUCGAACCGAGAUGUAAAACAUUGUUGCGAAUGUUUCAGUUAUUUCUUCGUUAUUCUGUUUUAAUUGCGGUGGCUGUGUUCGAGUGACAGUGGUGGUUUGAUGUGAUGAGUUUCGGAUUUUCAGGGUAGUUAGAUGUUUUUUGGUCGAUGGAAAAUGAAACCUGUUAACAGAAAUCAUCGUCGAAAGGGUAGCGAUUGUGAAAUUACUCGAGAGACUUCAAGUUCUCAAACGACUGAAAACACAUCUCAAAAAAAUCACAACACUAGAAAAAGAAAUAAAAACAAAUUAUACUCAAUUGCUCAUUCUGAUUUGCUUGGCAGAUAUCUAACAGCGAAUAAAAAUAUUACCGCUGGAGAAAUAAUCAUAGAGAAAGACGAACCAUUGGUCAUCGGUCCGGUACAACAAAGUCAGCUUUUAUGCUUAGGUUGUUACGUGAUAAUCAACAAUGUCAACGAUUACAGAUGCACGAAAUGUAACUGGCCAAUGUGUUCUUCGUCUUGUUCGGGUUUGUAUAAAAGAACCGGCCACGACGUUGGCGAAUGUAAAAUACUGGCAGAAAUAUCGUUCGAUGGUGAAAUGCAACGAGACGUAAUCAACGUUUAUAAUUUUAUCGUUCCUCUAAGAUGUUUAUUACUCAAAAGAUCGUCUCAGUCAAAAUGGAAUACGUUGCUGAGUAUGGAAUCUCAUAAUAACAUACGAAGAAGCAUAAAAAACAUAUGGAAUCUUAAUACUAAAACCGUGGUGGAAAAAUUACAAAAAUAUUUCGAUCCGGAUGAGAUUCAUACGGUCUGCGGUAUUUUAGAGGUGAACUGUUUCGAGGUAACGAAAGAUGAACUGAGUUUACGAGCGUUAUUUCCUUUAGCUUUCUUAUUAUCUCAUAACUGCGUACCGAAUACAAUUCAUACAAACGACGAACACUUCCAACUCAAAGUAAGAGCUUCGGUAGAUAUACCGAAAGGUGAACCGAUCACUAUCAGUUACGCGUACACAUUGCACGGAACGGUGAAAAGAAGAGCUCAUAUAAAAGAGACGAAAUUUUUCGAUUGUACUUGCGACAGAUGCGCCGAUCCAACCGAAUUAGGUACUAACAACAGUACGAUAACUUGUCCGAAAUGUAACCACGCUUCUCUCGUAAGUUGUUCGCCUCUGAUAGAAGAUACCAGAUGGAUCUGCAAGUACAGGAAAUGCUCCGGGUUCUCGGUAUCUGAUUCAUACGUACAGGACCUAAUUGAAAAACUCGAAAGUGAACUGAAACUGAUCUCAGACGAUGACGUAGAAACGUUUGAAAUUUGGUUAAAAAGAGCUGCGAGUAAUUUACACGAGAAUCAUUAUCUGAUCCUGGGAGUGAAGUAUACUUUGAGUUUAUUGUACGGUAAAACGCAAGGAUACAUGAUACACGAGAUGAACGAAGAUUUAUUACGUAGAAAAGUCACCAUAUGCGAAGAUAUACUCAAAGUAGCCGAUAUUAUCGAACCGGGUUUAUCUAGAUUACGUGGAAUUAUACUGUACGAAUUGCACGCCCCACUAAUGAUGUUAACGACGCAAAAAUUCAAAUCUCAAAACGUAUCGAAAAAACAACUCAAGCAUUCGUUGCAGAAAAUCAUCCAGUAUUUGAAAGAAGCUUGUACGAUAAUGGAAUUCGAAAGUGAGGCGACGACCGAAGGGCAAAUAGCACAGGCAGCUAGACAGGCCUUAGAUGCGACAUACGAAUGGGAGAAAACAUUAGGCAAAUUAACGUGAUUCUUUGUUGUUUCACCUGCUAUGUCAAUCGUAAAUUUGUUUCCUUUGCAUAUCUCUGAUCUCCAGUACGUCGGUUUUCAAUUUUAAUUUGAGGAUUUCGCGCCAGAUUUCUUGUCUAUGAUCUGGAUUAAUUACGCCCAGUCUUAAUAACUUGGUUUCGUUGAUACGAACUAGUACUCUGCCGGUGAUAUCGUGCUGUAAAUAUACCAUAUACUUUAGAGUACAUAUUGAAGUAGAAAAAAGGGUGUUUUUUGGUUAGGUAGAUGGUUUACUUGAGUGAAUAAAUCGCCAUAUAAAGCGUUGUAAUCGCCGCAGUGCCUUCUGAACCAUUUCUGUACAUCUGCUACAGUCCAAAGGUAGACUAAUUUCGGUCUAGCUGCUCUGUUCUGUAAAAGUAUAGCAAAAUGUUGUGAUAAUCAUUAUCAUUGAUCGAAUAUCCAAAUAAACAGUUACGUGUGAGA